UUCGGCGUGAGUGACGACUCUAGCAGGUGAGGUAAAGAGGAGAAGUAGGAGUGUCUCAGCGCAUUCUACCCGGGGACGGUAGAGUUGCUUGUAGCGCGUCGGAGCAGUGACACGGUGCAAUGCGAUUGGAUACAAUGAAGGAAACGCCAAGUAGCCCGGUUAACACUGAAAUGCAGGAUAACUUUGGCUGUGCGGUGGGAAACCGCUUUCACCAGCUUCUAGAUGACGAGUCUGAUCCAUUAGACUUUCUGUAUCAAUCUGGCGUAGAACUCACCCGUCGCAAAAAGAAAGAAGAUGCGGCUGCAAAGAAAAGUGCUAACCAAAAAUCUGGAAAAAAAGAAUCCCAAAAGGACAGGAAGGCUGCUGUUGUUGGAGGGAACACAGAUGUUAAAAUGACUCCACAAACAGAAUCUGGAAAAGUAUCUCAAAAGGACAGGAAGACUUUCGUUGUUGGAGGGAACACAGAUGUUAAAGUGACUCAACCAGGGCAGAAGCAUGCACCAAAAAAUAUGGAAAAAGCUCCUCAAAAUGAAAACGUUGGCUCACAAGUUAAAGUUGACCGUGCUGAACGAAGACCUGCCUUUAGGGAAGUCCGUCCCAAUAUUAUGGAUAGAUCAAAUGAGUACAGUAUUGAAAAACCAAUGGAAAUCCUGGACCAAGAUAAGCAAAUGAGAAAUUAUGGUGGAAGAGGAGGCAUGCGAGGCAGAGGAAGAGGUGGCUUUCCAAGAAAUACAGAGAAUGAUAAUCUAAGAGGAAAGCGAGAGUUUGACAGACAUAGUGGCAGUGAUCGAGCUAGAAUAAGACCAGAAGACAAGAGAGGUGGAAGUGGACCUCGCAACUGGGGCUCUAUAAAAGAAGCUUUCAGUGAGAUUGAGGCAAUUCCAGUGGAAGAGCAAAUUGAGACUACUGAAACCACAGAAGCAACAGAGGAAGAACAUGCCAAAGUUCCAGAAGAAAAAAAUGAAGGAUUUUCUCAAGAAAUGUCCCUUGAUGAGUGGAGAUCACUCCAGGAUCAGAACAGGUCAAAGACCGAAUUUAACUUGCGUAAACCAGAAGCUGCUGUGCCUACCAAAGCUGUGGUGAUCCAUAAAUCUAAAUUUAAAAAUAAUCUAAGUGAAAAUGAAGAGGACUAUCAUUACUGCUUCAGAAAGCCUGUCAACGAUAUCACUGCUCAGUUGGACAUUAACUUUGGAAGCCUGACCCGGCCAAGUCGUGGGAGAGGAGGAGGAGGAGGACGCGGGCGAGUAAGAAGAGAAGAAGCCUUCCCACAUGAAGUCAUCAAUGUUCUUGCUGAUGCCCCAAAUCCAGAUGAUCCUGAAGAUUUCCCUGCUUUGGCUUAGUUGGAUAUGCUUCAGCUGUGUUUUGCAUUUUGAAAUGACUGAAUUCCAAAUGCCAAAAAGAAAGUUUGAAGAUGGGGGAAGGGGAUCUACUUAAACAUGAUUGCACCUGAUGUGAAGGGACUUAAAUAGGGAAAUGACACUCAGCACUUACUUUUGCUUGGUUGUAGCAAUGAUAGUCUAAAGCCUUACUUAAACACAAGCUCUACAACUCUAGGAUGUUACUGCCCCCCCCCCCCAAACUGAGGGGAUAAAGUGCAUUCAUGCUACUUGAAAGAUUGUAUAGGAAAGCUUAUACCAAUUUGGAGAGGAAUAUGUUGUUGAUUGCAAUCCCCAUACACCAAAAACUGGCUUUCUACUUCAUUGUAUAAAACCGUGCAGUGCUAUUGGAAUCUUGAAAUGUUAAAAUAAAUAAAGUUGCUUACAGUGCAAAAA